AUGACUCUGAAUAAUGGAUUUGAAUCUAUAAAUCUAACUUCGACCAUUCAAAGUGAUCUUCCAGCAAUACAUGAUGAAACAAUACCCAUCAAGAAACUUCAAUCGAUCCCUGUAUCCACUUCUGAAGAUGAUGAUGAGGAGGAGGAGGAGGAGGAAGAUGACGAACUAGAUCCAGGAGAAUUCAUAUCUACUGGAGUAAACAAGCAACAGCAACGUGUACAAGAUGAUCUGAAUAAAAUAUCAAAUAGAGAUGACACACCUGCUUUAUUGCAAAGUACGAUUGAGAAUUUGAAGAAUUCUUCAAAAAGUUCGUUUGAUUCAUUAAGAGAUAGCGAAUUGUUAUAUACUCAAGAUAGUAUAAUGAUAAAUUCGAUAAAAUUCCCCACUCAAAAGUUCAAUGAAACUUACAACAACUCAGAAUCACCUGUAGAGUAUCUUUCAAAUCGUGUGAAACUAUUAACCCAGCAGUUAUUUGAAGACUCACUGAAAUACAAUGAUUAUUUACAAAAUGGAAAUAGUAAUUUAUAUCAAUUAAGAAAUAAAAUCGUACAGAAUUAUAAUCAAUUAUCUGAGAGUUAUUACUCCCUUGGUGAAUUGUACAACAAAGAUAUAAAUUACGCCCAAAACUUGCAUGAAUCGUUUAAAAAAUGGGAUCGACAGAGAAACAAGGUCAUUACUAAAGUGAAAUCUAUCAAGAGUGAUUCAAAUAAACAUGGUGCUAAAUUAUUCAGUCUUUUGGAUGAAUCAAAUGAAAUUGAUCAAGAAAUUCUUCAAUUGGAAAACAAAUUGGCACAAUUGAAAUCUAAAAAAUCAAUUGUUAGUAAAGAAAUUGAAGAUACAAGUAGUGUUUUAGAAAGCAGGACUUCCAAAUAUGUUGAUAUUUUUAGAAAUAUGGAAAAACAAGGUAAAUUAUCAAUACUAAAUUUCCUUCAAUCCAAUGGAGUUCCCAUAAAAGACAUUGAUUCAAUAGUAAAAUAUUCUCCUGUUGAAGCAACCAUUCUCAAAGAGUAUGCCAAUAAGAGAGGAUCAUCAAGCCAGAUUGUCGCAUCAACCAUUGAAGAAGAAAAACCAUCCGUGGAUAUAUCUAUAAAUACGAAUAUUGGAAUGCAGCCAUUUAUUAUUCCUGAAGAAACAAAUAAAGAUGACAAAGAACAAAAGCCACAAGAUCUAUUAUCAAUGAAUCAUGAUCAUGGCCCAACACCGUUUGAAAGAGGGUAUGCCAAGGGCACACAGAAUUCUACAUUGAUCAAAUCAAAAAUGAACAAUUUUGUUAGAAAGUUUUUUGAUUCAUUACCAGAACAACUGACAAUAACAACACCAGAUGCACCAACAAUAAGAGGUCCACCAAAUGUUGAUGAUGUAUCUAAUGUAAUUACUGAAAAAUUGGAUUUAGAACCAAUAAUGAAAUUUUUGGAAUAUAAAGUAGGUGCAUUACAUGAUUUAACUAAACUGACAUCACUUAAUGCUGCUUUAUUUCAUGAAUUUGGUAUAAUUUGGCAAAAUGUAACUAAAUUAAUGGAUUUACAAGAAGAAAAAUUAGAAAAUGCUCUUAAUGAAUCAAUCAUCAAUGGAGAAAGCAGUCUGAUUAUGAAUAUAUUACGUUCAACAAUGGAGAAUUUGAAAGAAAACAUGAAUAAAGUGAAUUCGAUAACUAUACGAUCUCGUGAUGAUCAAUUACAACGUGAUUUAUUACUUGAUUUGAUAAACAAUGAAUAUAAUGCCAUACAAGAAGCUACCAAAAUUGUUCAAACAAAUGAGGAAUCAAUGAUUUUACCUGACUCUACUAGGUUACAUUCUUCAUUAAUGCCGUCAUCAUCCAAACCAACAAGUCAAGUGAAUAAAACUGAUGUGAAAUCUAAUAUAAGGAUAGAAUAA